GUUGGUGUCGAUUAUUUGGAGAAACUUUGGAAACCGGAUACAUUUUUUCCGAAUGAAAAGAAAUCAUUCUUUCAUACUGCAACAACGCAUAAUUCCUUUUUACGAAUCGAUUUGGAUGGCACCGUUUUAACUUCACAAAGGUUAACAGUAACAGCAACAUGUCCCAUGAAAUUACAACUAUUCCCAAUGGAUUCACAAAAAUGCAAACUUGAAAUCGAAAGUUAUGGCUAUACAACCGCUGAUAUAGCAUUAUUUUGGGGCAAACAUCGCAAAGAUCAGGGUCAAGUAGUUGGAUUUGAAAAUAUUUCGCUGCCACAAUUCAAGCCAGUCGGUGUAUAUGUUCGAUUAUAUUUUGAAGUGCUGUUGGGUCGUAAUCUUGGUUUCUACCUCAUGAAUAUUAUCAUUCCUUCAAUGCUUAUUGUUACCAUAUCUUGGGUAUCAUUUUGGCUCAAUCGUGAAGCAUCACCGGCACGUGUUGGUCUUGGUGUUACUACCGUACUAACGAUGACUACACUUAUAACUACGACUAAUAAUUCGAUGCCAAAAGUUAGUUAUAUUAAAGGACUUGAUGUCUUCUUAAAUUUUUGUUUUGUGAUGGUAUUUGCAAGUCUAAUUGAAUAUGCGGUAGUUAGUUAUAUGAAUAAAAAGCUGGCACAAAGGCGUGAAAAGAGAAGAAAACAAAUGGAACAACGAAUGCCUGUUGAAAUGCCUAUGUAUGGUCAAAUUACUUCCAAUCCUAAAACACAAAUGUCAUAUCAAAAUAUGACUCUUAUCAAUGAUAAUUAUGCCUCGCCAGGUAGAUCUUCCAUCAAACAGAUGGAUACAUUUCUUGGUGGUCCAGGACAAAAUCCUAAUAAUAUUAGUGUAUCAGAAGCAAUGAUGCCAGAAUGUGAUUGUCGUACAAUACCAUUGAUACAGAAUCCACGUUUGGUAACAGAUCAAACAUUAUGGCCAGCACCAUUCGUGAAAUCAAAACGUGCAUCACAAACGUGUCGAAGUGUUACACCAUCGAAAAUUGAUAAAUGUUCUCGCUUCCUUUUUCCUAUGCUAUUUUUCGGUUUUAAUUUAUUUUAUUGGACAAUUAUGACGGUGCUUAGUUCAUUCGUGGAUACCAGUGAAUAUACAUUAUUUGAUUAA